AGAGUGCGGCUGUACGGGGAGGGAAGGCCGCGGCCGGCGUCAGAGCGGGGAUACAGCUCCUCUAUCGGCUGCCUUCCCCUGCGGUCGGCGAGGAGACUCCACCGAGGCGCGCCUGCUCCCUCCUCCGCUCGCACCGUGGCGCCCCACACGAACACGGCCGCCCCGCGUCCCUGUGUGGGCAAAGGCGGCCGUGCCCCACACAGACAUGGCGGCGGAGGCCGCGACGGUGGCCGGGAGGGGCCAGAGUCGGGCGGCAUGCCCUGCUCAAAGAUGGCCGGCAGCGGCUUCGGCGUGUCCGGAGGUCAGGGGUGAGGGGUGGCGGCGGCGCUGGCCGGGCUCCGGGAAGAUGGCAGAGAGCGAGCGGCGGGCAGGCACCUCUGAGGAGGUGGUUCCUCCCCUCCAGCAGAGCUUCAUGAUCCCCAAAAAGGAGAUAAACAUGGUUUCUGACAUGGCCAAGUGGAAGCGCUCUCAGGCAUAUGCAGAUUACAUGGGCUUCAUCCUCACUCUGAAUGAAGGUGUCAGGGGCAAGAAGCUGACCUGUGACUACAAAGUUUCAGAGCCUAUUGAAAAACUGGUGGCUCUUCUGAACACCCUUGACAGAUGGAUCGAUGAGACCCCACCAGUGGAUCAACCUUCUCGCUUUGGGAACAAAGCCUUCAGGACCUGGUACUCCAAACUGGACCAGGAGGCAGAAAAGUUGGUGGCCACAGUGAUUCCCAAGCACCUGGCUGCUGCUGCACCAGAGGUGGCCGUGUACCUGAAGGAAUCCGUGGGCAACUCCACCCGCAUUGACUAUGGCACAGGGCACGAAGCUGCAUUUGCAGCAUUUCUCUGCUGCCUCUGCAAAAUCGGUGUGCUCAGAGUGGAUGACCAGAUGGCCAUUGUCUUUAAAGUAUUUAACAGGUACCUAGAAGUGAUGCGAAAACUUCAGAAGACCUACAGGAUGGAACCUGCUGGCAGCCAGGGCGUGUGGGGCCUGGAUGACUUCCAGUUUCUACCUUUCAUAUGGGGCAGCUCCCAGCUGAUAGACCAUCCAAAUCUGGAGCCUCGACACUUUGUUGAUGAAAAGGUGGUAAAUGAAAACCAUAAGGACUUCAUGUUCCUGGAGUGCAUCCUCUUCAUUACAGAGAUGAAGACUGGCCCCUUUGCUGAGCACUCCAACCAGCUCUGGAACAUCAGUGCUGUGCCCUCCUGGUCCAAGGUCAACCAGGGCCUCAUCCGCAUGUACAAGGCAGAGUGCCUGGAGAAGUUUCCUGUGAUCCAGCACUUUAAGUUUGGCAGCCUGCUCCCCAUCCAGCCCGUGACGUCCUAAGGAGCCUGCGGCAGGGGUCGUGGCAGCGGAGGCGCAGCGCCAACCUCUUCCUCCUCCUCCUCCUCCUCCUCACGCCCUGCUCCUCGCCUGUGACACACAGCCCAUCCACUCCUGCACAUCCUCAUGGACAACCAUAGAUCCAAAGCCCUUGCACAGGAGAUGGGCCCUGGGGAGGCUCCUCCUGGGGAGGCCUCGCCAGCGACGCAGCUGCACGGCUCUGGGCGUGUGAAGGGGUUUGAGUAGGGGCUGCCUGGCAGCAAGGGCCCUCUGCUUCCUUUCCUGGGAGGAAGGGGGUGUGGAGAGGAGGAAGGCACAUGUGUGUGUGUGUGUGUGUGUGUGUGUGUGUGUAUGUGUGUGUGCUGGGCAGUGGUAACUGCAGUUUCCCUUUUGAAUUUCAUUGAAGUUUCCUGUUGCUGUUUGGUUUGGGAAACCACUGCGAGGAGCGAGGUGUGAGCCUGCACGAGUGUGCAGACAGCCAGCUCUCCUUGCACAGGGAGGUCUGAAAUGGGCAGAGGAAGUUGUAGGGAAUGUCUGUAGUUUGCUGGAAGCCCAGGGUGCCAUCUCUCCCUUUUUUCUAGGUAACAGAAGCCCCCUCCCUCCAUCUUUUCCACACGUUUCCCUGGGGCUGCCUUUCCCUCUCCCGCGUCUUCUCUGGGGUGAAGCUGGGAACUCUGUGGGAUGUUGGGGUCUGAGCUGGUUCUGGAGCUGGAGACAAGGUCCCUGGAGGGACCUGGCUCUGUGGGAACAGCUAUGCAAAUCCACUGCUUGAGUGGUGCCUGCUCAGGCUCCCUCUUAACGGGCACAAACCCUCCCCUGUUCACACACACUUGGGCUGCUCUGCCCUCUACCCUCCCUGUCUCCUCCUCCAUGCUUUGCUGCCCCAGGGCUGGGUUGGCCUCAGUAACACAAGGUGCCUGUGGUUUUAAAUUGUAGUGACAGCCUCAUAGCAAAGGGAUUUCCCCACGAAGCAGCAUGUUCCCCAGCUCUUAGGGAGGCAUCCCCAGAGCAGAGGCAGCAUGAGGGGGCCAAUCAUGCAGCUUUACAUGCAUUUAUAUGCUUGUGCUGGAAACCAAAAGUACAAACAGCCCAGGACAGUGGGUUCUACCUGGAGAAAGCUCUUCCCCUUUGCCAUUCCCUCCUGCUGUUGCUGUGCUGGGCAGAGGGAUCCCACUUCUAGUGCCACCAGCAGCAGCAUGUUGAAGGUGGGUGAGGAAUGGAGCCAUGGGCAGGAGCACCCCAGCAGCAGCACGGGGAGGGCAGGAGGGGCUGCUGCUGGGUUUGAGGUGAGCUGUCAUGUCCACAGCUCUUGACCAAUGUUGUCCACAAGUUUGCAACUGGAGAGGGGAUGUUUCUUCUUGGGGGUCCCAGGGCAGAUGAGGGGGGGACAGGGCUCCUUUCCCUGGCAGUCCCACAGACCAGGCUGCUCAGCUUUGCUGCUGCACUGUUUUGCUGCUGGGGGGAGCCUGCUUGGCAACUUCUUAUUGUCCACAAUGUUAGUUUUGCCAGACCUACUUGCUACUUCUUGUAAAAGGUUCUUGCAGGUGCUCAGAGGAGGGAGAGCAAGAGAAGAGCUUAAAUUAAGAGGCAGUGAAAUGCAGAUGCCCGCAGAGCUUUCUAGUCCUGCUGCUGUCCUGCCUGCUGCUGGCUCAGCCCUGGGCAAGGGGUGAGAGGCAGGCAUGUCUUGAGCUGCCUGAAACAACUCUUACAAACUUGCAUUUUAAAUGAAGAUGGAAGGCUGGGGUUAACUCUUGUUUUACUCCUAAAUGGGGCUUGUGUUUUGCCUCGGCUUUCCAAACAGAUCCACUCCUGGAGAUCAGUGUGUUUGCUGGGACAUGAGUCUGUCUCCAGAGGAGCAGUUUAGCAGCCAGUUCUUGGAGUAGAGACCUGGGGCAUCUCUGCCUGUGCCCCCUCACCUUGCUGCAUGGCUUUUGGCAAGUGGCAGCAGGCUUUAAAUGGCUGUGCAGCAUCUGGCUGGCAAGGACUGAGCUAAAGGCUGUGGUUUCCCAAAGCAGCCCAAGGAUGGGAACACAUCUCCCCUGGUCACCUUAUGGAAAUGAGGCUUCCAUGCAAAAGGAUGGGUGGGAAUGUUGACCUCCAGGCAGGGGGAGGGACAGCAAGAACAUACAGUGAAAUACAGCACCAAAAAAAGGAUGGGAGGUGCUUCCUUCCCCUGCAGCUGCAGCCACUGCUCCCAGGGGACCCUGUCCCUGGGCUUGGGACCUGCAGAGGAGGUGGGAGGAGGCUCACGUAGAGCUCUGUGGCUCUUGCUUGCCUGAGUCUGCACAUCUGUCCUGCUGGGGGUUUUUGGACUUGAAGCAGCUAAUUCUUGUUUGAGUCCUGCCAGCCACUGAGGCUGUGCCCCUGUUAUGUUGCCACCAGCUCUUUGCCUCCCUCUGCCAUCGCUGCUUCUCAGGGCUCUGCUCCCCUCCCCGUGGGGCCACGCAUGUAGCAGCACCCAGAGCCUCUCGGGGUCCCCAGCAGCAUCCCCCAACCUCCUCCCACCUCCUGGUUUUGAUUAAAGUCUCUGUGUUUUGCA